AGCGCGCGCCCGCGGCGACGCGGCCUUGCCCCAGGAGCGAUCGCCAGCCGACGACGGCGACGCCUGGCAGACGCGGGCCCCCCGCUGCGGUUUCUGCUAUAGCGGGCGCGAGUCGCGAGGGCAGACGCUCGCUCGUUCAGUCGGCCGGCGGCAGCGGCGGCGGCAGCAGCAGCAGCAGCAGCAGUGGUGUCUCGCCAGCGCCUGGGUCCACAGCUGGCGCGCUGGUCCGGCUCGCGCCUCAGUCUGGGCUCCGAGACAACCUGCGCCGACCGCGCCAUCUCAAGUUAUGCGCUUUUCACCAGUGUAGCUCCUCGUUCCGGAAACGAGUCCGAUUCAUUCAUCAGUGAUUUCUACAUCUGUACAGUGCUCCCCACGCACGUGGUGACUCACCGUUAACCAACCUGCUUCUCAUAUCACUUAUAAAGGUGCAGUAACGCCGUUGCGUGUGAUCCUGUUCUCAAAUAACCAGUGUGUGAAAGCUAGGAAGUGCAAUUUCUCAGAGCUGGUUCGGUCUCAUUCGCAUUCGAAUAAGUCUGGAGCCACAAUUUCUGUGCCUGUUCACAUCGACGACUUUGUGCUGAAAUUUUCCUUGCCGAAAAUUCGACGUCAAAUACACUGUCGUAUAUUGCAUCGAGUCUGUUUGCAGUGGCAUCUGACACAGGUGAUUUGUGCAGCCGCAAGGCAGAGAUCGGGUCUUACGUGUCACCCAUAUAUCUGACAUCGUUGUCCACUGCGUAGUAUUUCAGAAACUGAGGAAGCAGCAGGGUGUUGAAAAACACCUUCCAUCUUGAAGACUGUGACACCAAUUUAUUGAAGAAGGUGUUUCAUGGAUACUCUCGUGAUUGAGUAAGAAUUCUGCAUAACUGUCAAAUGGUUAUAGCGUAGUAAGAAGUAAAGUGCUGAUCUUAAAAACGAGUCAGUGCGAUUCAUAGCCACCUCCGCAGGAGGCUGCUUGGAAUGAACUGUUACUCUGGUCGAUACACUGCAAGUGUAGGCCCAAGGGAAAGGCUGUAGUGAAGUAAUCCUCAUCGAUUGCUGGCUGCACAAGAAAUCGGAGUCUCCUACAUCCAUUAGUUCAGAAACCAGACUUACACAGUGAUAAUAAGGCAACAGUCUGUAGAUACACUUGAAGCACAACAGCAGGAAAGCACUACGCUAGAAGAACACACUUUCACCACUACGCCUAUGCUUUGCAAGUGUAACAGUAGCAGCCACAUAUUUAGUUUCUAAAACAGUGGUCCACCAUUGUCUGCACGAAGAUAGACCAAUCUGGUGUGUCCUGCUGCAACUAAGACGUAUAUAGUCGCACUGUAGCAGCAGCCAGAAAUGGCCUAGCAAUAACGAAGAGCCUUGUGAUAGCACUUUAAUAGAAGCUUCUGACAGACUCCAUAUAUCACUGGACAUGAUUAUUCCAUACACAGUAACUAACCGAUGAAGAGAUACUAGAGUGCCAGAGAGAAGCUCUGUUAUACAUUAGGUAGUACUUUGAUACGUGCAGUGGGAGUGUAGCACAAGUAAGACUGUAGUGACAUCUGUUGCUGGGUACAGAAAAAACUGGAAUGUCUUGUAUCCAUUAAGUUCACACUGGAGGUAUAUCCAGCGAUAACAGAGAAGCAGUCAAUAGACAGUUGGACUACAAUACUAAAAAACGAUAUUUCCCUAUUAUGACUACACGUUGCUGGUGCAACACUGUGUAGCAAUGUUAGUAGUCCACGAUCUUUAGCUUCAAAAGGGCGUCCAUCAGUGCUUCUGCGACUGUUGUGAUCAUCAGUGUGUGCUAGUGCGAGUAGUGACAUAAUUUUUAUUUGUUGUUGGCUGCAGAACAAAUUGGAGGGCCCUGCCUCCAUUAAAUCCACGCACGAGGUAUAUCCAGUCGUAAUAGAGCAGCAGUCGGUAGACAGCUGGAGUACACCACUAAACAAACUCAUAUUUCCAUUCUACGCCCACAACAGUAGUCAUACGCUGUGUAACGACAUCAGUAGUUCGCUAUCUUUAGCUUAAAAAGUUUAGGUUUCUGUGACACUUGUGACCACCAGCGUGUGCUAGUGCGACGGAAGCUUAUGCAAUAACAGCGUAGCGCAGUCGAAAAUGGAUUAGCAAGAAGAAAUAAGCUCGCGACAGCCCAUUCACAGAAGCUUGUUACCAACUGAGUCGAGGCGUCUUCACGUGACAGUGAUUUUCAGUAUACAGCAAGGAGAGCGUGAAGUGGCGGUAGUGAGCCAGAGAGAGGGAGUAGAGCAGCAGCGUGUGCUCGAUAGUGGAGACGGACUGGGCUCCAAGAGCGUGAUAGCCCCGCAUAGGCGCCGACGAAGUCAGUACGCCACGGGCCGGAGUGCGUGGCGGCAAGGCCGUCCGUGUAAGGCAGGCGAGUAGGAGGCGCUCCCGGAAGGCGGCGGAGCGCGUAGUUGGGCGCCCUCGCCGCCGCGGCGCUCGCGUCGCCGGCCGGUGCAGACGGCGCGCGUCUAGCGGCCAGUCCGCGCCCGCCUCCCGCCGUCGCGAUGGUGCUGUUCGGCCACCACUCGGCGCCCGCCGUGGACGCCGACGACGCCGCGGCGCCGCGCCUGCUCCGCAUGACGCCGCUCCGCCACAGCAUCCGCGGGCCGCCCCCGACCGCCGCCUCCGUCGCCGCCGCCGCCGCCUCCGCGGCCUCCCGGCAGCAGCAGGACCGCCACGACGACUCCUUCAGCGACGCCGCCUCCACGCUGUCGGCGCCCGGAGACGCUCGCCCGCCCAAAGACUUGGCGCUGUGGAACAAGAGCAUCUCGCAGCGGUGGCGGCGGCUGCGCAGGCGCUGCUCGUCGUUCACGACGCCGACGUCGACGUCGCCAGGGUCCGGGCAGCAGGAGCGGCUGCUGGAGGCGCCGGCGACGCCCGUCCAGGUGAAGGCGGCGUCGGCGCCGCGGCACGCGCACAUGGCGUCGGCGCUGAGCCGGUCCGCAGAGCGGCUGGACGCGCGCCAGCGCGCCUCUGAGCCCGAGGGGGCGGGCACCCCCGGGGGCGGCGGCUCCACGCCCGGCCGCGGGGGCGGCUCCGUGCCGCUGCUCCGCCGCCUCCACGCCGGACUGCGCAAGCGCAGGGCGCUGUCCGUUCACGAGCCGGCCGUGACGGCGCCGCUGCCGCCGCCGCCGGCGACGUCUGUGUCGACGACGUUCUACGUGCCGUCGCCGCUGGUGGAGGAGCCGACGUCGCUGCCGCCCACGCUGGGCGGCUGCAGCCGGCGGUCGUCGGGGCGCGGCACCAGCACCAGCACGGGCACCGACAGCGACAGCACCGCCUCCUCCGGCGCCGCCGACCACGGCUACCACAGCAUCGAGCGGCCGCCGGCCCCGCAGCCGCCCCACGGCCGCCGCUGGUCGCUCGCCGCCGACGCCUACGACGCCGCCGCGCGCGCCGCCUCGGACGCCGACAGCGGCUUCGCAGAGCACCCGCCCCCGCCGCGCGCGUUCGCCAUCGGCGGCGUGGUGUCGCGCCAGGCCGCGGAGACGCCGCUGCCGCCGCCGGACUCGGGCCCGGCGUCGCUGCCGCCCGACGACGACCUCCAGCGGCGGCGCCGCGCACUAGUCGCCGAGCUGCAGCAGCAGAUCCGCAGGGGGGCGCCGCACCGCGACGGCAGGCACCUCGCAGCAUCAACAGGAGAGCGCAUAUCAGAAGUGGUGGAGGAGGAAGCGGAGGGUGAGGGUGCAGCAGACGGAGAGGAGGAGAGCCGUUUCUGCACGCUGCCACGCCACGGCCGUGGAGCUUCCUUCACCAUCCUGACUGUUGCCUUCACCAAGGGGCCGGGCCACAAAGGGCUCGGGUUCAGCAUCGUCGGUGGCCGCGAUUCCCCACGCGGUUCUAUGGGCAUCUAUGUCAAGACUGUGUUUCCGCAUGGACAAGCUGCAGACUGCGGGAGGCUCAAGGAAGGUGAUGAGAUUCUAGCUGUCAACGGCAAGCCGUUACAUGGUCUGAGCCAUCAGGAAGCCAUAGCUGUUUUCAAGGACUUUAAAAGUGGACAAAUGCUGAUUCAUAUUGGACGCAGAAUACCAAAACGUCGACGAGAAUCACUUCCGCGGCCUCUGGCGUAAAAGCAUUUGUAGUGUUGCUAUAAUGCCACACUCAAUGCUGUUUCCUGUGUCAGUUGACGCUGCAAAUUGUGAACUGAUAUGAGGUGCUAGUCCUGAUGCUGAAUGAAACAGACAGUUUUAUCUUUGACUGAAGAACUUACUCUCUUUGUUUUAUGCUCGAAAAAGUUCUAUUUAACUUGUGUAUUCUGAAGCAGAGAGAGAGAGAAAAGUGACUGUGUACAGGAAGACCUUUUUUGAUACAUAUUGAACAGAAAUUUUGUAGUAUAUGUGCUUCACCUGUACAGUGGAUAAUAUACAAAUUAGUAAGUUCCAUUUAAUAUAUAAUUUUUCUUAUAUUGUAAGUUAGUUGCUGUUUUCUGACUUUAUAAUAUUACAUUUACUUGUGGUAGCUUUAAAUGAGUACUUGUAUUUGCUCUGCCUGUGAUACUGAGAAUAUUAAGAUAUAACACAGUGCUCUUCCAAAGUGUGUGAUAUAUCAUUGAGUUAGAAGCUCUAUCUUGAAAGAAAUUGAACAUUUUUGGAACACAGAUUUUUAUUAUAACAAGAAGGGAUGCAAAGAUGCAUUCCAAGGUAUCAGAUCUUUCCAAACACCUUUAGACAAUUGCAAACAUUAUUCUGUAAUGAUUAAAAGAGUAUCUGUUCUGAUCACAUAGAUGUUAAGUUACCACAACUGGUUUUAGUUGUUUGUUUCCCCUUUAGCUGAUGCAAUAUGGACAUAUUUGUACAUAAGAUUACUUCAGAAUUUGCAACUGUUGUCAAAAUGUUCUUUAUUAUGUACCAGUAACAUACUGCUGUAUUUGUGACAGGUUAGAACUGUUAUAGAUACGUACAUGAAUCUUAAAAUACCUGUCUUUUUCAAACAGGUUUAUUCCACUAUCAGUAAGACAAUUUAUUGCAAUAUACUGUUGUUAAAUCCUGUUAGCAUUUACAUUGAAAAUUGUCAACACAGAUGUGUUGAGGUGCUGUUAUCUCAUGCAUGGUUAAUAGCUUUCAAAUAACAGUAUGUAUUACCAAAAUUUAACCUGACUGAGAAGUUCAGCAUUCAGUGGAGUGUUAAGACUCACGUUUAUUU